AUGCGCUUGGGUGGUCGUCAUGCACUCCUCAGCCACGCCGUAAAACACCCGUUGCAGCCUCGAGUGGCCCAGCGAACCCUGCGGACACUCCCUCGUCUUCCCGUCGACGACUUGAACCUUCGAGCCUCGGCCAACCCCAACGCGAAGAAUGUCGCCGUUCUGGGUGGUGGUAUCACUGGACUUGCUGCGGCAUGGAAUCUCCAACGUAGCAUUCCGGAUGUGAAGAUCACAAUCUACGAAAAGAACCAGUGGCUUGGAGGAUGGGUGCAGUCAGAAAGAAUCCCGGUCGAAGGCGGACAUGUCUUGUUCGAAUGGGGUCCUCGGACGUUACGGCCCUCGCUGAGCAAUCCAGCGGGUGUAGCCACCGUGGAUUUGGUCUCCCAGCUCGACAUAGCCGACGAUCUCAUCGCAAUCUCUAAGGACAGCCCGGCCGCUCUCAAUCGCUACGUCUAUUACCCCGACCACCUGGCCAUGAUGCCGGGGGCAGGCGGCGGCCUGUUGACUCUGGCGAGCCAGUUGUUCAAGCUUCGCAAUGAGCCCGUAUUUCAAGGCGUUCUCUCAUCGUUGGCGGUAGAGGCCUACGUCGCACUCCGAGACCCUGGUGUCAGAGACGAGUCUGUCGGCGACUUCGUGCGACGCAGGUUCGGCAAAGGGGUGGCAGAUAACCUCGCGUCGGCGUUACUCCAUGGAAUCUACGCGGGCGAUUUGUAUCGACUGAGUGCUCGCACUUUACUGCCACUGUUGUGGCACCUCGAGGUCAGAGACCGGCAGAACGAACCGGGAAUCCUCUUGCAGAUGGCGGCCUUUAUGUUCCAACGCCGGAGUCUUGUCGCCCGUAAUGACCUUCAUUUCGCCGGUGUGUAUGCUCAAGACAUGGUUUCGCGCGAUAGCAACUUCGACGGCAAAGAAGCUAUAGUUUCUGUGCUCGAGCAGGCGAGUGUUUAUACAUUCAAGAGCGGCUUAAGUGAGAUCACUGCCUCCCUAGGGCAACGUCUCAGCGACAACCCCGCCGUCAGUAUCCGGACUUCUUCUUCGAUCGAGGACGUUACAUUUGACACGGAUCGAUCCCAGGCCUUGGUCCAUUGUGACGGAAAGACCAAACCGUUUGAUUACGUCAUAUCAACGUUGGGACCUGGGGAGAUGAAGAAGUUCCUGGCUUCUACAGCAACCAGACGAGGAGUAACACCGGGGCCUCAGGUUUCAGAGGCGUGCGAACAUAGCGGCGCCUCUGUCAACGUCAUGGUGGUGAAUCUCUACUUCAAAGAUCCAAAUCUCCUUCCUCAAUCCACCCGAGGCUUUGGCUACCUGAUUCCGCGGUCCGUGCCAAUUGAGCAAAACCCAGAGCGUGCAUUGGGUGUCAUCUUCGGUUCGGAAACAUCGGGACGUGCGGACACCAUUGUUCGGAGCGGGAAGGAUGUAGAGGUUGAAGGACAGGACACAGCUCCGGGUGUCAAACUCACGGUCAUGUUGGGCGGACAUUGGUGGGAUGGGUGGGCCCCGAGCGACCUUCCCACCGAAGAAGAGGCCAUUGAAAUGUCCCAAGCCUUGUUGCGAAGACACCUUGGAAUCGUUCAAUCACCGGAACUGGCCAAAGCGCGGCUGAAUCCAAACUGCAUCCCCCAAUAUCCUGUUGGAUAUCGGGAUGACAUGGCCACCAUCCACCAAGCUCUCGUGUCGGAGUACGAUGGAAGAUUCAAGGUCGCCGGGCCAUGGUGGCAGGGCGGUGUGGGCAUGAACGAUUCCAUCCGGAAGGCACGCGAGGUCGCAUGGGCGAUUCAGCACCAAUGGGACGACCGGACGGGGCUGGAAGAUUACGCCGAGGACGAGAGCUGGUUUCUCUGGGACAGAACGACGGGGAAUCUCGUCAAGGAUGCUGUAGAGUGA